AGAGAUAACUUAAUAAAAACGAAUUUCUAUACCAAAAUUUAUGCAGUACCUGUGUCAUAAGCAGAAAUGAAGGAAAUUGUCCUAAUUUUCGUUACAUUUUCCUUAGUUACGGCUCACGUAACUAGGGAUUGGUCUAAAAGUAUACCUGCUCGUAAAAUACAUCCCACAGGGCACCGUCAACUUGCAUUCUCUGAAAGUACAAGGAUUGUGGGAGGGAAUGAAGCUCCACGAAACUCAUUACGAUACCAAGUCGGUGUGAGACUUCUUUACAAUGGAGCAACGAGUUUCUGUGGAGCUUCUCUUAUAUCCAGAAGAUACGUGUUGACUGCUGCACAUUGUUUGGCGGAUGAUGACCUUGUUUCAUUGGAAGUGUUACUGGGGGCGCAUAACAUUAGCGCAACUGAAUCUACUCAACAACGCAUUCCAACCACCACGUUCAAGAUACAUGAAAAGUAUAAUCGGCAAGAAAUAGCGAAUGAUUUAGCCACCGUCUAUCUUCCAACACCAGCCAAUCUCAAUAGUAACGUUCAACUGAUAGCACUUCCCAGUAGAGCUGACGUUUCGAACAGUUUCGUAGGAUCUCAAGCAGUAGCAAGUGGUUGGGGAUACAAUUCUCAAUCUGUUACCGUUAUCAGUGACGUAUUGCGAUAUGUAAAUGUUCCGAUUAUUGCAAACAAUGUGUGUAGAGAUUCGCUCGGUUCGUACGUUACAAACUCAAUCAUUUGUACUGGAGGAGCGGGCCGCAAAGGAGUUUGCCCUGGAGAUUCAGGCGGACCCCUUGUCGCCAGUGGAAAAUUGGUUGGUGUAACUUCGUUUGCAAGUGGUAGUGGCUGUGAAGCUGGGAACCCAAGCGCCUAUUCAAGGGUAACAGCAUAUUUAGACUGGAUCGCAGCAAACAGUGAUGUUGUUAUUUCUUAAUCGCUCCUUAAAGAAUUCAUUUGUGCACUGAAGUAAAUAUUGCUAAUAAACUAUUGUUGUUAUUAAA